AAUAUUAAUAAUAUUAAUAUGGAGUCGACAGCAAACAACAAACGUAAGAGAAUUGCUGUCCAUUAUAAUAGCAACUUAAAGAAAACCUAUAUCUAUUCCUUUGAUUUGGACUUGCUCUGUUGCUCACAUCUUAUUUGUCCACACAUUUGGAUCACACACAGACCACACACUGAAACGGAAAAUUCAAAGAAUCAACAAGAAAUCAAAUGUCGGGAGCUCAGUGUUGCGAGAAUCCACCGACUCUGAGCUCAGGCAGUGGAAGUGGGAAAGUUGAAGAAAUCGGAGGCCUCAGCAGCUACGUGUCUGGCCCUGCUGAUUCCAAAGCUGCAGUUAUUUUGAUAUCUGAUGUUUAUGGAUAUGAAGCUCCAAAUUUGAGGAAGCUUGCAGACAAAGUCGGGGCUGCUGGAUUCUCUGCCGUGGUGCCAGAUUUCUUCCGCGGAGACCCCUAUGUACCUGAUCAGAAGCCGAUCACUGAUUGGCUUAAAGAUCAUGGACCUGAUCAAGGAUUUGAAGAUGCUAAGCCAAUUAUUGAAGCUCUGAAAAGCAAAGGGAUAACCAAGAUUGGAGCUGCCGGCUUCUGCUGGGGAGCCAAGGUGGUUGUGGAGCUGUCCAAGUAUCCUUAUGUCCAAGCCGGGGUGCUGAUACAUCCUUCUCUCGUCUCGGUAGAGGAUAUUCAGGGAGUUAAGGUCCCAAUAUCGAUACUUGGAGCUGAGACCGACCAUAUAUCUCCACCGGAGCUUGUCAAACAAUUUGAAGCUGCCUUAAACGCGAAGCCUGAGGUGGAUAGCUUUGUGAAGAUAUUCGCGGGGUGUUCGCACGGGUGGUCCGUGAGGUACAAAGACGAAGACGAAGGGGCGGUGAAGAGCGCUGGGGAGGCUCACAAGGACAUGCUCGACUGGUUUAUUAAGCAUCUCAAGUGAAUGUUGCAUCACCAUUUUAUUGCUUCUCUCUAUCUCUCUGCUGCACUCUCUUCUGUUGUAGCUUCUGGAAUAAUACCAAUAUGUGUGUAGACACUAGAAUCUUGAUGUUUGUGGGGGAAAAUUAAAUAAUGUGAGUAUUUGUGAAUGGCUAAUGUUGAUUUUUGUGUAAUGCUAUGCAAACCAUCUAUUACAAAA